AUGGGGAAACUGCAGAGGCAGCUGUGGAAGGGUGAGUUUGCCAUGUUCAAGUGCAUUCCCAUAUUUGAGAGCGAUUUCAUCCAGAUAAACGAAACAGGGGAACUGAUCGAUGUGUUCAACAGUGCGCAAAUGGUCACUGUUGGCAUUGCAUAUACCUGCUCCGACACCAUAAUACCUGACAUCAUGCUGCUGGCACGACCGGCUGUCACCUGUGCAGUCAAUGCUAAACAGGACAGACAUAGCCCGGGGAAGGGGCUCAAGUCAGUGAAGAGCUUAGAGCUGACCAGGCUGCUGCCUUUGAAGUUUGUAAUGUUGUCCAUCCACAAUCAUGAGAAACAACAGCUCCACUUGAAGCUUGCCACUGGCCGCUCUUUUUACCUACAAUUAUGCCCUCCUUCAAAUAUAAAUGUAGAUCUGUUUGCACACUGGGAAGACCUGGUGUUCUUCCUGAGACCGCCAAUGGAGGCUUACAGCAGUACCCACGCCAUACCAGCUUAUGAAAUGUCGGACAUACCUGUGUUGGAGGUAGAGGACAUGAUGAACCCAGAAGUAAGUUUUUGCAGAAACUCUCCAAAAAACUCUCCAAGAGGGUCUCAGAGUGCUUCAGGAGGGCAACCCAAGGCUCUUAGGCCGCUCCCUUAG